AUGGAUCAGGACAUUCGAAGUGAUUCGCCCGGUGAUACGCAUCGCCAGGAGCAACAUUCGAAGACUUCUUUUUUAAUUGAGGAUAUUUUGUAUCGUGGGCAAAGGAAUACUUUUAAACAGCCAGAUCCGAGGAGAUUUGAUUAUGAAAGGGAGCCUAAAUAUUUCCCAGUAGCCAAUGAGGUACGGCCUGUGGCUAGGGAAGGGUCCUAUUUACAAGUGGCUAUGGGUGCCUUAGGAGCAUAUUUACACACACCGAGUACUUAUAAGGCUGUGGAAACACCUUACUUCCUAUCUCAAGGUGUUCCGUACCACGCCCUGUUCACUCCUUCGGAGCUUUCCCUGUCAGCGCUGAAGCACUGCCGUCGGAGGAAAGCAAGGACCGUCUUCUCUGAUCCGCAGCUAACAGGUCUAGAAAAGCGCUUCGAGUCUCAGCGCUAUUUGUCAACUCCUGAGCGCGUGGAACUAGCCGGCGCUCUCAACUUAUCUGAGACUCAGGUGAAGACCUGGUUCCAGAACCGACGAAUGAAGCACAAGAAGCAGAUGAGGAAACAGCAGCAACAACAAAGAGGUGCCAUAGCAGUAGACUUUACUACAAAGCUGUCAUCGCAAACGGCAGAAAGAAAGGAGGAUUCACGAAUAUCGACAACCCACACGUCGGACUCUGAAACGGAGCAUAGUGACAGCGACAUCGACAUCGUAGGCGAGCCCAAUUAUACACAACACUAUAAUGGCACGUAA